AUGGCGUCGAAAUUCUGGGCGCAAGAGUCGGGGGCGUCGGGUUCGGAGUCCGACUCUGACUCUGACUCUGACUCGUCUAUGGGCGGGGCCGGAGGCGCGGCCGGAGCGCGGCGGCAAUGGGCGGUAGACUCGGACAGCGAGUCCGAAGAAGAGGUGCGCGUGGUGAAGUCCGCCAAGGAUCGGUCGUUCGAGGCUAUCCGCACGUCGGUGGGGAAGAUCCGAACCAAGAUCAAGAUCAACGACUGGAACGGCAUCCAGACCAACUUCGAUGAGUGCAACAAGCACGUCGACAAGAGCAAGGUGAUGAUCGCCAAGGAAGGAGUACCGUCGUUCUACAUCAAGCUGCUGGCCAACCUCGAGGACCUGCUGGCGGUGACCCUGAAGGACAAGCCUGCCAUCAAGAAGAUGAGCGCCACCAACACGCGCUCGCUCAACCGGAUGAAGCUCCAGUUGCGGAAGCACAACAAGGGCUACGAGAAAGAGAUCGCCGACUUCCGGGCCAACCCCGACGCCUACGCGGAGGAAUCUUCCUCCGAAGAGUCUUCUUCCUCCUCCGACUCGGACUCGGACUCUUCCUCUUCAGACGACGAUGCCUCGUCGUCUGAGGAGGAAUCGGACUCGGACUCUGACGGUGAUGACAGCGACGCAGAUGACUCUGACGACGACAGCGACGCCUCUUCCGCCGCCGGCGGUGGGACCAGGGGCGUCGGAGAGGCCAAGGCCAGCAAGCCCGUCAAGACCCAGAAGAACCUUGAGGACAUGGACUCGGACGACUGGUCCUCGGACUCGGACUCGGACUCGGAUAGCGACGGCAGCGACGACGACGGGGACAUGCUCAAGGGCCGCGCGAAGUGGCUCAAGAAGACGGACGACACCUCGGACAUCAAGAAGCGGAAGGACGAGAAGAGGGCGGCCAAGGUCGAGGACGGCAAGAAGAAGAAGGACAAGGCCGUCGUUACCGCCGGCAAGGAGAAGGGUGCGGCCCUCAAGCUGGACCUGGACAUCUCGUCCGAGGAGCUGGAGAAGAAGCUGAGGGAGUGCCUCGCCAGCCGUGGCCGCAAGGCGACGGACCCGAAGGAAGUGCUCCGGCAGCUGAGCGUGCUGGCCUACAUCGCCCGGCGGCUGGGCCCAGUCCGUGAGAUCCCCAUCAUCAUGUACCUCGUGUCGGCCAUGUUCGACACCCUGAGGAACAUCGACGAGUUUAUGGAGACGUCCAUGUGGAAGAGCUGCAGGGAGUACAUCAGCCGAGUGGCGGACCUCCUCGAGUCCCGCCCCGAGCUCACGCUCGGGCAGAUGGGCAACGAGGUCGUGGCCGACUUGAUCCAGGCUGGCACCGGCGUCGACGUGGACGAAUCAGAGGUGGCCGAUGUUCUCGCCGAGGUGGAGAAGACGGGUGUCCUAAAGGUGGUCGGGUCCCUGUCGCAGUACAUGAUCCGCCUGGGCGACGAGUACACCAAGUCCCUGCAGAACAUCAACCCGCACACGCAGGAGUACAUCCGGCGGCUGAAGGACGAGUCCGUGGUGGUGGACCUGGCCGCCAAGGUGCAGGCGUACUACGAGCGCCAGGGGGAGAUGAGCGUCGUGGCGGAUCUCGCCCUCCUGCAGGCCGAGCACCUGUACUACCAGCACGAGUCCAUCGCCCGCGCGGUGCACAAGGCGCAGUCGUUCACCAACAAGUUCGGGAAGACGGAGGACCUUCACCCGGCCUGCACGGUCGCCUCGGCCUCCGCCCCCUCCGACGGCGCCCUCGACGUGACCAAGGCCCACCCCGGGGCGUUCCUCGGACAGCCGUCUGUGGACCAUGAAUACGCGGACUACACGGAGCAGCUCAAGAACCUGUGCGUGACCGUCUACCAGCACGGCGACGAUCGCUGCCGCACGCGCGCCAUGCUCUGCCACAUCACCCACCACGCGCUCCACGACCGCUUCCACCCGGCCCGGGACCUGCUGCUGAUGAGCCACCUGCAGGACAACAUCAGCCAGGCGGACAUCUCGACGCAGAUCCUCUACAACCGGAUGAUGGUGACGCUGGGACUGUGCGCGUUCCGCAAGGGGCUCAUCCACGACGCGCACGACUGCCUGAGGGACGUCUGCUCCUCGAGGGUCAAGGAACUGCUGGCUCAGGGCGUGCAGAUGAACCGGUUCCAGGACAAGAACCCUGAGCAGGAGAAGGCCGAGCGCCGAAGGCAGACUCCGUACCACAUGCACAUCAACCUCGACCUCCUUGAGUGCUGCCACCUCACGAGCGCCAUGCUCCUGGAGGUGCCGAACAUGGCGCAGGAGUCGACGGAGCUGCGCCGGCGGGUCAUGUCCAAGCACUUCCGCCGCUACAUAGACAUCUUUAACCGCCAGGUGUUCACUGGCCCCCCGGAGAACAUCCGCGACCACGUGAUCGCCGCCGCCAAGAGGUUGAUGGAGGGCGACUGGAAGCGCUGCUCAGACCUCAUCCUGGGGCUGGACGUCUGGAACCUGAUCCCCGGGGAAGGCUGCGCCGAGCUCGUCAAGGUUAUGGUGAAGGAGAAGAUCCAGGUGGAGGCUCUGCGCACGUACCUCUUCACGUACUCGCCGCACUACGAGUCGCUCAGCCUGCCGACGCUGUGCGAGAUGUUCGACAUGCAGAAGAGCAAGGCCCACUCCAUCAUCAGCAAGAUGAUGCUCAGCCACGAGCUGUACGGCAGCUGGGACCAGCCCACGGAGACCGUGGUGCUUCGGAAGGAGGACCCGAACACUCUCCAGCUGCUGGCGCUCAAGUUCGCCGAUAAGGCGGCGAAUCUCGUGGAGAGCAACGAGCGGCUCAUCGACGCGAGGACCGGGGCCUACGGCUACCGAGACGACGGAGGCCGUGGCGGCGGACGUGGCGGCGGCCGGGGGGGCGGCGGGCGCGGGGACAGCAGCAGGGGCGGCAGGGACGGCGGCGGGCGCGGCAGCGGUGACUGGGGAGGGGGCCGAGGGUACAACCGCCCGGGGCAGACGGCGAACAACCGUUAUCAGGGGGGGCAAGGGGGGCGCGGAAGAGGCGGCUACGGCGGCAGGGGGGCCGGGAACUACAUCCGUGAGAGGCGCGAUAUGGGCGUCGGGCCGCGCCGUUGA